AUGACAAAUUUAAUAGUAAAUUUGAGUGUUGGUCAAUUGGCGGCGAUACUCGGUGCUAUUAAUUUUGGUUUACCUCUCAUUAUUACUGGAGUUGGUGUUGUAGUGAUAAUGCUGAACGUUAGUGAUAAUGCUGAACAAUGGACAAUAUUAAGUAAAUUAACAGAACAUAGUUUACUUAGUUUUUAUGGAGCAGCUGGACAACCUGCAUUAACAGGAAUUAAAUUAUGGAAAGUAGGGACAUACAAGCGUAAUUUGUUUUACAUACUUAUUGGAAUAAGUUUACUAACAUUAUUUGGAGCAACUGCAAUCGCACCGCUUGGCAUUCAGACUUGUACUAUAAUGUAUGAUGCAGCAUCAAUAGAAACUAGUGUUGUUAAGCCAGAUCUACUUAGCCUUAUGAUUAAUAACACAUUUUCUCCAAAAGAAUUUAUUGUUGAUACGAUGAUUGUGGAUCAUGAUAAUGGUGGAUUUUUAGUGAAUCAUGCGAUCCAACCUAAGCAAGAGGUUGGUAAGAAAUACAGCUGGUCAAUUAAAGGUCUAUGGUUACAACUUUAUAUUAUUUGUAAAUCAACUAAUAUUACUCGAAUUGGAUGGCAAAAUGGGACAUAUACCUAUGCAGCAAAACUAGUCAUUAAUAAAACUGAUGUAUAUCCUUAUCCUUCGCAAUUACAUCCACUUGGUGAUAUGGGCCAAAAUAUGGAUCUUUUAUCAAGAAGCAUUACGUACAGUCAAUUUAUACAAUCUAGUAUUAUGCAAAAAAUGAAUAUGUCCAUUAAUGGAACUUUUAUCGAAUCAAAAGAUUAUAGUGGUGGGUUGUUAUCGAAAGUUUUUCAAUUGAAAAGUAUUAGUGAAGAAAAUAGUUUUUUUACCUACAUGAAUUCAACAGAUAUAAAAUUAUCAUGUACAGGAUUUAAACAGACUGAUAACUUUUCUGAUAAUGCAAUUGGUGUUGGAUGUUGGACAAUAUAUGGUCCACCUAAUUUUACUGAAAGAGGAAUGGAACAAAUAUUGUAUGGAUGUGCGGCUGCAGUUAAAGCUAGUGUAGAGGUUAUCAAUAUGCAAUCGAACUCGACAGGUGGAAUUAAUGUAUUGGACAAACAAACCAUUCCGAUGAAAUGGUAUAUUGAAAAAUCUAACCUUACUAUUUCUAGAAUAGAUCCUUGGUGGGGUAGAGUUGAAUUUGAAGAAAACAUUCCAAAUAACAGCAUAUCAGUAAGUGAAAAGAGUCUUUGGUUACCAACAAGCAAAACGUUCAUUUGGAGUUCUACUGAUGAUGCACAAACUGCCGGUGUGGCUGGUCUAGUGAUUAACAUCAUGACUAAUGAUCUCUUUCAAGGUAAAAAUAAUUAUAGACUAGAUGGUGUUGGAAAUUUAGCACUGCUACAACAAUGGAGAGAGAAGGGCACAACUGAAGAAGGCAUAAGCGGAAUGUACAAACGACAAAUGACUGAUAUUAUGAUCAAUAUGGUGACACCCACUAGGCAAGCUACUAUUAGUGGUCCUAUCCAGAUUAUGACAGAAAAAACUUGUUAUGACUUACGCUAUAGUAUUCAAUAUUGUAUAGCUAUAAUAUUGUUGAUAAUGAUUUUAUGUUUAUUGUUUGUAUCCAUAAUAAAUCGCGAAAAUGCGAUAUCAUUAUCAAUUAAACAGAUUGUUCAACAUAUGGAUCUCGGUAGAGCAGUACUAAACAUAUUAGGACAUUCAGAGGCUAAUACUGCAAGUGCUUCAAAUUGGGAAAAAAUUGAUGGUCAAAAGUUUAUAUCAUUGGAUAAUAAUA